CCAACAUGUCGGCUACGAUAUGUUGUCUAGUUCUAACUAACUCCUUCUCAGUCCGUUGGGUCGAUAUAUCGUAUGAAACGUUUGGAUAAGCCUUUACAGUGGUAGUAAAUUGAUUUAGACACUUGCAACAAUUUAGAAGAACGUCCAUCUUUCUCUUUCUCUCAAACGCAUUCCUUCAUAAAGAACGAAAUCGGGUGGUGGUGGUGAGUAAUCUUUACUUAUAAAAAUCGUUACUAACGCUUUUUCUCAGUAAUAUAUUUAUUUAAUUUCCGAAUUUGUAUUUGCGGUGAACUGUAUCGAAUAUAUUUUUAUCGUGCCAUCUAUUCUUAGAUAGAUACAUAUCUCAAUAACACAAUGACUUCAGUCCCGUUCAACGUUGGCCUCGGUGACGACAACCGUUUAUCCAGCAGGGUGCUCCGCCCCCCGGGCGGCGGACACACUGACAUUUUCGGAGGGGACCCGGAGCCACCGCGCGGUCGUCGCCAGAAUCCUGCCGCUGCGUAUGCAACAUCUCUCGGCGAGCAUCAACAGCCCCAGAACGGCAACGCUCCCGCCCAGAACGGGCAGGGGCAGGAAGCGCCAGCCCCGGCGCCAACUCCCGAAGCUGCGCCCAAGACUGAGGCGCCGGCCGCCGAGCCCGCGCAGCCGGAGCCCGUGAAGCCCGCUCAGCCGGCCGCGGCUGCGGAGCCUCCGAAGCGCGUCCGCGUGCCUCCAGGCGGCUUCUCCUCCGGGCUCUGGUAAAACUGGACACCCAAAGCUUGGUUUCGUGGCGUUAACGUAUUCUCGCUGGGACCAGUGAUACUAUUUUUUCUAAUUAGCCUAUUUGUCAGACGUGCCUUUGUUACGAAAAGCUAAGAUUUUCGGUUGUUUUGUUUGGAGUGGAGUUGUUCUGGUCCAUGUUAGUUUUCUUAGCGUAUUUGCUUAAAGUAAGCCGAUGUUGCAUUGGUACUUGUUUAAUCCUCGCAGUUUAUAUUUACUGAACAUGUAACUUUCGGUAGUAGUAUUAUUUUAGGAGAUUAGUCUAUAUUUAACCACUGCAUUUUGAGCUUUCUUCAAAAAACUUUGCUAGCCAACUCUCUAUUAGAUUAACUUCUUGUCACAAAUUUUUUGAUAAUUUUAACAUUUAUUGGCCAAAAAUGUAUUUGUAAUGUUUACACUGGGUUCUGUACUAUAAACGUUAUAAACUUUUUAAAAAUUAAGCUCAUCGAGAGUAGUUUGAAAAACAUUCCCCAAUUUCUUACUGAGAUGACAAGUCUGAUCUUUAUGCUUGCUAUGGAGCCCCUAGUUGUUUCUCUAUUUUAGUGUUGUAUGAAAUCUUUAAGGUUGAGAGCUUGUUGUAUUGGCUCUGUCUUGUGCCUCCACGUUAACAUAAUGUUGUACUUAAAGAUUACGUCUUUUGCAUUUAGUUUUAUUAAUGAUGGCCUACGGCAAAGAAUGCGAUUAUGUAUAUUGAUAAUUAUAAUUGUAUUUUUAUAUGAAUUAAAACACCAUUAAAACAUA